UUACUGUUCCUUUUUCUUCGCUAUUUAGCAAGAACUGAAAAAUCGUGUGCUCCAUAAACAUUAUAUCUCUCUUCUCAAUUUCUCUGCAUUCCAAGCAAGAGAAAUAAAGUAUUUCUCUUAUACUUCUCUCUUCAAUAUCCCUCUGUUUACAAGUUCUCUCAUAACUUAAGAAGAAACAACAACUGCAAACCUCACAUUGGGAUGUCGCGGCGGAAGGAGCAAGAGAAAGAGAUGGAGGGAGUGGUUUCGUUUGCAGGAGCUGGAAACUCGAGUAAGUAUAAGAAACGAAAUUUUGGUCUUUUGAUUUUAAUUGAAAGGCUGGGUUUGGUUCUUAUACCUGCUCUAAUACUAACCUUGACUCUUCCGUUUUUGCGGAAUGAAGAUUAUUGGGAGGUUAGUAUUUGGAAAUGGGAAAUCAUGAUUCUGUUUUUAGUCUCGGGUCGGUUAUUGUGGCGUUCUAUCAUUAGGAUUAUUGUGUUUUGGAUUCAAAGAAAAUUUCAAUGGAAGAUCGAGGUUCUUUACUAUGUAUAUGCUUUGAAGAAAACAGUUCAGAAUUAUAUAUGGUUAUUGAUACUUUAUUUAGCAUGGUCUUUCUGGUUCCGGCUGAUCAACACUGAUUUGAAAGAUUUGGAGACAGCUCUGUUCUGUUUUUUUCAGGCUCUUUCAUUAUGGCUCUUCAAAACCUUAAUUGCUAAAGUGUUAACCACUCAUUAUCAUUUGACAACAUAUUUCGGCAACAUUGAAGAGUCGAUCAACAAUCUCUUAUGGAUUAAUAUGCUUUCUGGAUCACAUAUGGUAAAAAUUCAAAAGACUAAAGCACAAGAGGAGGAAAGGCGUGCUGCUUGUAACUUGUCUAACAUCACAAUUGAAAGGCCAAGGAGUGAGAUUGAAUAUGGUGGUGGAAUAUCUUUCAAUAUUUUGUCUAAGCUGAAUCCAAAAUUUGUGUCUUCUUUAGAAAUGAAGAGCUUAAUAAAAACAUUCACCUACAGAGCACUUGAUUUGGAAGACGACCAUUCCGCAUUAGUCACAACUGAAAAGGAGGCUAAAGCAGCAACCGAACAAAUAUUCAGAAAUAUUGCUAUAUGUGGUUCCAACUCCAAGUAUAUAGACAUUGAGGACUUGAUGCCUUUUAUGAUUGAAAGUCAAGCUUCUCAAAUUGUAAAUCACCUUAAAGGGGCAUAGAUUCUGGAAAAAUAAGUCAAACUGCCUUGAAAGACUGGAUUCUGAAUGUGUUAUGGGAGAGAAGAACACUUAUUUUAAAAAUAAAUGACCCCAAAUCCCCGGUCCCAAAGUUAUACAACUUGUUGAACUUCUUAACUGUCCUUGAGAUUUUUGUUUUAACGAUUUUAAUUUUGAUUUGGGAAAUGGUCACUACCAAAACCCUUGCCGUUAUUGGGUCACAGUUCGUGUUGGUUGCAUACAUAUUGAAAAUCACAUUGACCGCUGCUUUUAAAGGAAUAGGUUUUGUUUUCUUAAAACAUCCCUAUGAUGUAGGAGAUAGAUGUGUCAUCGAUGAUACAGAACUUAUUGUUGAAGAAAUAAACUUACUGCAUACUGUGUUUAUAUCGUUGGAACAACAACUCAUAACCAUACCCAACAGCGAACUUAGCAAGAAAGUCAUACUUAAUCAUAAUCACAGUCCUGAAUUGGAAGAGCCUCUGCAAUUUUAUAUUGAUGUAUCAACUCCCGAUGAUAUUAGAGAUAUAAGAGGUUAGUUAGAUUAAUUAUUAGUUGGUGUUCUUUACAUAAUUAGUUAGUGUGUAUUUAUAUGCUUUAGAUGGUCAAAUUGUAAUAAUGUCUUAACUUGUUGAUUGGAAAGCUGAGAUACCUUCCUUCUGAGAAGGAGAAGGAUAACAAGUUUGCUCCUAAUGAUAUUAUGCAGAUUAUUGAUUA